AGUCUUCCUCCUGCUGCUUCCCGUUGUUCGCGAACCAUCGACGUAUCUACUUCUGUUGUUCGGUGGCCUAAGCGCACGUAGACCUGAGAAAUUCAAUUACGCUACAUCUUAUUUCUCGUAGUCGCGUAAUCAGUGGGUAUAAGCCAUCCUCCUUAUCGUUUCCCCGUCAUUUUGCGUUGGACUUCGCUUGCAUAUUGUUGUUAUUUAUUUUCAAUCGUCAUCUGAGGGCUACGUGUUCCAUCGCAGGUUCAAUACGUAGAAAGUCCGUAUUUUAGUGCGAGGUUUUUACUUUGCUUUGUGAAGUAAUUUAUUGAACGGGAGUGCACAGUUAGCGAAAAAAAUGCAACGCAAAAGAACCCUGGGAAAGCGUAUGUUUGGUGAGUUCGGUUCCACCAGCGGAUUCAUUGCGAAGCGAAGCCGCACGGACCAGGAAGUGCCCGCCUUGGAGGACAAUGGAUCGCCAUCAUCGCUUGGGUCAACGAGCAAUGGCGGUGGAUCGUCGAGCAAUGGCGGAGCUUCGCCGCGACGACCAAGCAAAGAAAUUCUUGCCAAAGUGCCUCGUUAUGGCACCCCAGUGGAGCGAACCAGGGUGCGCACCGCCGGGCCGUAUGUGUUGGGUCACGAGUUGGGAACGAGCCCGGGUGUGCCCCAGACGCAGUAUCUCGCUCGAAAGGAGAACACCGAUGAGUUCUACCUGUUGAAGAUUUUGAGCUACGACGUAGAAAGCGAACUGGUAAACAAGGAGACGCAGCAAGGAAAAACAUUGCUGCAUACUGAAUAUUCGCUACUCUCUUUGCUGACUGAUUUGGACGGGGUCAUACAUCAUCAUGGCCUCUUCUGCGAUUAUGCGCUGGAGGAAAAACAAAUCAAAAGUCCCGACGGUGCAGCCCAAUGGAUCUAUACUGGACGUGUGAAACGUCGGUUGAUCCUAGUUCUAGACUGUGUUCACGCACACGAGUUCUGUCCGCGUUCCUCGGCAUACGUGAAUCUCCAAAAGUACGUGCAGUUGCACAAAUUUUCCGAAAUCGAAGCACUGACUGUGUUCUACGAAAUCGUAAAAGUGGUCGAACAACUGCACCAACGGAACAUCAUACACAGGGAUCUGAAGCUGAACAACAUCGUUCUCAAUCGACGCACCAACAAGGUGGUCAUUACGAAUUUCUUCUUGGCGAAGCAUCUCAACAGCGAGGACGACAACCUGUACGACCAACGGGGCAGUCCAGCGUACAUCUCUCCCGACGUUCUAGCCGGGAAGCCCUAUAAGGGUAAACCGUCCGACGUGUGGGCCCUGGGAGUCAUUCUGUUUACAAUGGUUUUCGGAAAGUUUCCCUUCCUGGACACCACGCCAUCGGCUUUGUUCAAGAAAAUUCGACAGGCGGAUUACACCAUUCCACUCGACUCUCGUACCUGCAGCCCCCAAACGGUCCAGCUGAUUCGCUUCAUGCUGUUUCUGAAUCCAACAGAAAGACUCACUGCCUCGGAGAUACGCUCGGACAUCGAACGAGCCAUUUCCAGCCUGAAAGGACCGCGCAUUGAAAUCGACCAAAUCGUCCCGGAGCUAGAGGACUUCGACGAACCGGAUAGCCUUCUGGACAUCAAUCAUAGCAAGUCGUCUGACGCCAAACCGGUCAUCCCCAGUCAUGAACUAUCGCGAGAGUCCUUCUCGCAAAUAUUGGAAUCUGGCCUACACCGAAGGGAAAAUGAAAGCUUUCUACGGCCGCGAUCAUUAGUCAGUCGAACUGGAUCUCUGAGAAACAGUUUGCCAACCGUACGACAUCAAACGCCACCCAGGAUUCGGCUAGCAAUGUUGGCUAACAACAAUCCACGCAGCGCCAAUUCUGCCGGCAGGAAUCGAAGCCAAUCCGCAGACCCCAAUGCGAGUGACACAUUCGCCAUCCGAACUCCAAGUAACAGGGAACUCUUCCAAGUGCGCUUGUCGCCAAUAAACAGCGCUGUCGCAAGCAAUUUCGCAACUGCCGGGCAAGCACAAAAUGCUAAUCAACAAUCGCCUCAAAUGAACUCUCAACCAACGCUGCAACAACAGUCGGUAUUUGUGCAUGUCGAUGCUCAAACUCUGAGCCAGGUAAUCAACUUGUCAACAUCCAAUGGAAUGCCGAUUCCAGUUCUGCCCGCUAUGGCUGCUCCAGCUGCGACUACCACUUCAAUAACAACCCCACCAGCAUUCCAAAAUCCUGCAAUUCAAAGCUUGUACUCGGCUAUGAACGAUAUGUUCGCCAGGGGACGAAUGCCGCCACCUAGCCGCGAGGAGUCACCCGAGUUCCAGGGAAUCGUCACGAACGACAUGGCCAAUCGUAUUAUCGCUUGGCUGCUGAUCAAUUUCCGCAGUCAUUCGAUUAUUCGGGAAAUAUUCGGCAGCUCUUCGGGAAACAAGGUGAACAACGUGCUGGAACUGCUGCGUCGUUUCGGCGUGCAGUUGGAGUCCCGCGGCGGGCAUAUUGUGAUACGCAAGGAGCAAACCAUCGACGUGCUGCUGUUGCUAACGUAUUUGCUCCAGGUUGCCGGAUUGAACAACAACUACUUUCUCAGCAGUCAUCGUUCGUAAUCGUAACGAUAAACAAGAUGUCGGUCCGGUUGGGGGGAUUAGUGCGUUGAAAUGGGACUCGUUUGUCGGGAACUAGCGCCGUGUUUAGUGUGAUUCUUCGAAGUAUAAGCGUAAUAAAAACUGAUUUAAUUCUGCGAAAAA